AUGCCUCUACCGGAGAUACCGUCAUACAAAUCGAAAGGAACCAAAGCCACCAGCGCUCCAAGUUCCGACAGCGCAAUAAACCAAGGAAAGAGUGAUGACGGUGGCGCAUCCGGCACCAAGAUUGCGUUGCGGACUGAGGAGGAACAACAGGCUGCGGCGCGAGAUCGGGAGGAGCGUGAGAAGGCCGCAUUGGAGAAGGAAAUCCAAGACCGGAGGGAGGCUCGUCGGAAGUCUCUUGCAAAUCGUCGAGUAUCAUUUGCGGCCGAGGCUACCCUUCAUACAUUCCAUGAAAUCGAAUAUAUGCAGGACUCGACCACGUCGACAGACUCUACGCGUAGAGCAUCAUCUGUGGCUGCACAGUCGCCAGCUCCACGGUCUACGGAAAAUGACGAGGACCAGCGUCGCCUGCAUCAGAAGAAUCGCAGGAGGAGUUCAGGCGUGGCUUCUGAGAGCGAUCUUAGUGGUCAUGGCGAUGAUACCAUGGCCUCGACUGUCUACGACUCGGACUCGGAUGAAGGCGAUGAUGUUGCGGAAGUACAGACGGAUGUCUCCAAUUCUGAUAGCGACUUCGACAGCGAUGGGACUAUGGUAACUGUGGAGGCGGAGGAGAUGACAUCUGUAUCCCUGUCUUCAACCAGGUACGGGGCCGACGACGGAGAGACCACGUCAAGCUUGGACGGAGCAUUAAGAGAGGCUGCCCGGCGAGCUGUCAACCAGGCGCGAGAGCCAGACGAGGGUGAGGAGGUCAUCCCGGGUUUCGUGGGCUGGGGAAAGAACGCAAGACAACGACAACAGCAGCAACAAGCAGCAGUCUCACAAGAGGAGCCCCCAUCGGAUAACAGCUUCCCGUCAUCAAGUCCUCUCAAGUCAAGUCCCUUGAAGGAAGAUAUCGACGAGACUGAAAUGGGCAUGGACAUGGACAUGACAAGUGCUGUUGGCGGUAUCAUCGAUCCCAACGUGCUGUCUUCACCCGUUGGCGACAUGUCAAUGGAUGUAACCAAUGCUUACGGUGGCAUCUUACCAAAUGAUGACGAACCUGCGGAAGAAGAGCAAACGAUGGAGUUUACCACAGCAGUCGGCACCAUUCAACGAGAACCAGCGUCGGACGCAGACUCGGGUCACCAGAGCGACGAGGAGAUGUCAAUGGAACUGACUACUGUGAUGGGACGUGUGCUGGCUGCUAAGAACAAGCAAUUGCAAGGCUCUUUCCAACAGAGCUCCUCGCCAGUCAAGGAUCCAGCUGAUGGCGACGCGCCCAUGGAUGUGACCUUAGACAUGGGUGGUAUGGGCCGGAUUCUACCUGGCAGCAACGCGAAUGCCGAGGAAGAUGUUGACGGCGACGACACUGUUGGGAUGGACAUCACGACAGCUGUCGGCGGCAUUCUCCAAUCUCAACCGACGCCUGAGAGCAGGGCGGCAGCGAAACAGCUUAUGGAGCAGGAAGUUGACCAGCCUGAGACGACAGACGCGCCAGAACUAGCUUCGAUGAAAGCCUCGCCAAAACAGCCCCUGUCUAGUACCAACCAAGGCUCACAGCGAUCUCCGGCCAUAUCGGCGUUUCAUGGAAAGGGUCUUCGGCGAAGCAGUGGGCUCCUGUUCCCGCCGGCACCCAAGUCCCCUCCAAAGAGUACCAACACGACGCCAUUAUCCCAACGCAAGACACGCUCCCAAGGUCCCGCGUCUCCGUCUCAUAGCCCGACGCGAAGGAUGAGUCGCACUUCCUCACCCCAGACCAAGAUCCUGCCUGCUCGAGGACCGUCGCCGCAAGCAAAGGCAACCCCGAAUUCGUCGUUCAAGUCGUCCAUAAAAUUAUCAAACAGUCUGUUUCAGCAAGACUCAACGCUUCCACUCGUGGUGCUCACGCCACAGAGACCCAAGCUUUCAGGUGUUGGUAUUGAUCGGAGCGGAAUUGGCUCCCCUCGGAUCACGGAAAUAUUUGACCGCCGCGGUUCAAUUGGUGAGAGUGCUGCCGCUUUCAGUCCGAUAACGCUUCCCGGGCAGAGGAAAAUAGUUGCUUUCGAAGAUCCAAAGGUGCUGGAGGAGGAAAUUGACCGAGAGCGCCGCGAUGAUCAAGAUCGUGAGAGCGGCCGACGCAGUAUGGAGAAGGAGGCCGAUGGCGGGUCAGAUGACCGCGAGGCUACGCUGAACCUGAAAGAGCUGAUCUCGGGGCUGUCUCCAAAGAAGAACCCUUUCAAAGGCCGCAAGAGUCUGCACGUCGGCAGUGCUCGGGGUCUUCUCGGAAAGCGUCCGUCGGAGCUGGAUAAUGAUAGCGAUACUGAAGAGCAGGAUGGCAUAAAGAGGCUUAAGGGGCUUCAGGGCAGUCCAGUCAAGAACAUACGACUGCAGCAGCCACCGUCAAAGGCUGAGACGACGGGAUCUCGAGCCACAGUCAGCCGAAUGGACGACGUCGACGACCAUGCCACCCCUACAACAAGACGAUCUCCUCAAAAGAGCGCCAAUGUCACGACACCGAAGGACCAGGGGCGCUUCAGGAACUUUGUUGACGAUCAGCCUUCGACCACCAUCAACUUCAACGCAACACCAUCUGCAAACCUCCCUGAGUUGCAACCGAGCGAUGGCGAAGACAGGCUUCAUUUACAAGACUUCCUCAACAUGACCAGCAUUCGCUUCAUGGAACUCACAACCACCAAGCGCCGGAAUACGGUAAUGCCCUCGGCCCGGAAAGACAGCAUGUCGGCUGACGGCAAGGAAGACAUUUCUCUGGAGAAAUGCGUUGUUGCAGGAGCUUGUACAGUGCCGAUGCUCGAGCUGUACCAACACUCUUGUCGCGAACUGAAGAAGUACAUCUCCGAGGGUCGCCGUAUUGUUCGUGAGAUCGAGACGGAGACAUUUGAAGAGAACCCACCCCUCUUCAAAGAGUACAUUUCAGCCUCGCCCGAGUUCAAAACGUUGAUGGACAACCAAUUCAAGAAUGUCAAGACUCACGCUCGACUCCUGAGCAAGGCCAUGUGGUAUGAAUGGCGUAUGAAGCUACAGGACGGUCUCAAGGAGGGACUGAUCAAGACGGCCGAAGGCAUGACGACGGAUGAGAAGUUUUUUGAUAAGCAGCAGAAGUUACUCUCCUCUAUUCUGCCGGCUUUGGUGAAGCAGUCUGAGGCAAUGAGCCGGGAGUGUGAAAACCUCGAGGCUGUCGCCAGCGAGCUGGAAGACUGCGACCCUCAAGAACUUGAAGCUGCUCGUUCCGAUCUCGUCGCAGCUGAAGAGCACAUCGAGGCAAAGACACGGGAGGUUGCACAGCUCCAGCAACAGCUCCAGGAAACCGAGCACAGCAUUGGUCAACUUGCUGAGCGGAAACGAAGCUGCCACUCGGACAUCAAGGAAGCCGAGAAGAUCCGCCAGGAUUGUCGCGGUUGGAGCUCUGGCGAGAUUGGUACUCUAAAGGCUAGAGUGAAGGCUAUUGAAAAGCAACACGGUUGGGCUAUUACGGGCGUCCAAGGCACCACUAUGUCGAUGACCUACCGGCGGGAGAUCGAGCUUGUGCUCGACGUUGCCUCGUUCCAUCCCGGACAGCAGAACUCCCGGAUCGACCUCUGGUAUGUUGCAACGACUCGAGAGCAAGAAUCCCGACCACCAACACCAGAGAUCGAGUUUUGUCUGCAGUGCAUCCGCGAUCACAUUCGAGGAUUACCACAGUCUCACACAAGGCUGAGCCGCAUGCUCAAAGUGGUUAGCGCAGCUUGGGAUUGCGCCACCACGCUAGCCAAUCAGGUGUAUCAGCUCAACCUCACAUGUCCUACUCUGGUCACUCGCGUGUCAGAUGCGUCGGUCGCUAUCAAAACUUCCUUGCUUUUGGCCGCUCUGCAGACAAAGGUCGAAAUUGUCCUCGGAAUACAUAGCUCGACAGGGCCCGACGGUCUUGAGUUUAGAGUGUCAGCUCAGGCGGGAGUGAUUUACGGCGAGCAGUUCAACGCGACCAAACUGGCUGAAUUCCUCACAAAUAAGGUGGGCGAUCGCAUUUAUGCUCGCAACGAGAAGCAGACGGACUUGUGGUGUGAUGUGGUAUCGGACUUACGUGGCAAGUUGCUGGCACGGAGCAAGAAGUAUUAGAGGGAACCUGAGGACAACCUCAUUUAUUAUUAUUUUUUCGUUAUGAUUGAUGGAUCAAGGGCUAGUGUAUGAAACACUAGCAUCGGCGCGUACUCAAAAUGAAUGAAUUCUUC